GUGUACAAGACACAAUAAUGCGUGCCACGUCAGCAGGUUAUGUCGGCCUUCUUGCCUGCCUCAGCAUGUGAGCAGCUGGAUGUGUGCCGCGUCGCUACUUAUGCUUACAAGGUCAGCAAGCCGCAUCUACAUCAGCGCCCAAUAUGUGCCACGUCAGCACUCCCUCUUGGUCUCACUAGUCUCUCCAUGGUGGAAGUCUGUCUCUGGUGUCACAUCAGCAGACUACACUGCCAUGCGGCACUUUGCUGUUGACAGUGAUGACAUGGAGUUGGACUUAUCCAGCCUUUCAACAGUGCAUACUGUGGUUGCUGCACUAUUUAGUAAGCUUGGCGUCCCUAUCAAGACUCUCGUAGCUCCUCAAGUAAUGGAAGAGGCGAUGAUGGGUGCUGUGCAUCCAAGGCCACUCACAUUGUUUAAACCUGUUUCUGACAAGGUUCAUUCUCAUUUCACUGAUCUGGUGAGUGACGCGCAGUGCGACAGGGUGCAGAAGCUAGAGGCAUUAGAUGACACUGCCCUAAACACUACAGGAAAGAUCCUGAAGGCAAAUGUCCUCUCCAUGCAUGCGUACAUAGACAACAAAAUGGACGCCAUGCAGGAUACUCUAGACCAGAUCCUACAAGUGCUACAUAAGCCAGGGAUCCGGCCAGCAGCUUUACCAUCACUGCCUCUCUCAGCGAUGACAAGCCUCUAUGCCGCUCAGUCAGGACCACCACCAAGUGUUUCAUCAACAAUAGCACGAUCUCAAACUGUUGCUUCUUCAUCUUUUGGUCCAGCGACUGUUGCUACACCACAGUCGCCAGCUGUCUCGCAAGCGGGACAACAAUAUCCUUGGUAUCCCAAGACCCUAGUGAACCCACCUGCAACCUUCUCAGGAGACAAGAAGGAUGAGGCUCUCGACACAUGGUUGAGAACGGUGCCAGUGUGGGUGAGGGCCAAAAGGACAUUGGUAGAAGAGGAGGUGAUUACUGUUGCAUCCUACUUAGAGGGUUCAACAGCCCGUUGGCUAAACGGAUUGGUAGCUUCAAAGGGCUUCGGCAAGAAUAUGCAUGAUUGGGCGCAGACCCACACAUUAGAAAGCUUUAUGGACUUAGUGGAGGCUCGUUGGCACAACCCUCAACAAGCACAAAUUGCCAUUGAUGGGCUCUUGAAACUUGAUACUAGAAAGUACAAGUCUGUGCGGGAACUCACCACAGCCGUAGAGCGCCUGAUCGUCGUCCCGGGAGUGGAGUACAAUCCACAGGUCUUGCUGACCAUGUUCCUGAGAUUUUUUCCCACAGACAUUAGAAAUUUAUUAGCCAGCGAGGCUCGCGGAGAGUAUCACACCUUUGAGUCAUUCAGCAAGAAGGCCCUAGACUUAGAGGUUACGCUGGGUGGAGCUCAAACCCCUUCUACGGACGGGAGAAAGAAGAAGACUCCACAAGAGUGGAAGAAGAAGGGUAGUCGAUUGAUGAUGGUUGAUUCCGAUGGAAAUCAAACCGAGAUCGAUGAUAUUUUCGAUCUUGUGGAGGGUUCAGAGUUUGACGGCGAGGAGAGUGCUGAGGGUAGCAACCUCGCCGCCGUAGUUAAGACUAAGGCAGCUGGCCGCGGCAAGGGCGGUCAACAAAGGAGUCAGGGGCAGGCCGUUAACCCAAACAAAAUAGCUGCUUGGGUUAGAGCAGGUCUGGAUCAAGAAGUGUGGCGGGACCGUUGGUCUCUUGGUGCUUGUAUUAACUGCGGUGAGUGGUCCGCAAGGGACCCUCGUGAGUCCUGGGUGGCACAGAAUAGAGGGCCUAGAGGGGAGCACUUCGUUGUGGAAGUUGAUGUGGGCGGUCGCAAGUGCGGCGCCUUCGUAGACAUUGGCUCCACACAAAACUUCAUAAGUCGCGACUGCGUUGACAGACUGUGCCUAAAGGACCGGGUGCAGCGCCUUAGUAGACCGGUAGCAUCUACUUUGGCCAACAAAGAGUGCAUGAUGGUGGAGGACUAUGUUAAAGAUGUAGUCUGCACCUUCUCCUACCCAGGAGGAGAGAUAAACCACAAGAUAUCAUUCGUGGUGAGCGACGAGUUGCCCUUUGACAUGUUAUUGGGCAUGUACUACCUCGAGGUUGCCAAGCCCCCGUUUGACUGGGACAAGAAGGUGUUGAAGCAUGAGUUGCCUAGUGGGAGAACCGUGAGACUGGCCAAGUACAAAGCCAGUAGGUUAGUAGACUCCUAUGGGUGCUUAUGCGCAUCUGCCUUUUAUAAUUAUUAUAAACAGAACCAAGAGGAAGGAAUGUACUUAGUCUAUGUCUCUGCAAAAGGGGAGGCCGUUAAAACACCCCCAGAUCUGUUCGAGGAGCCUACAGGAGUCGUAGACAUGGAGAUUGUCCAUGCCAUGGAGAUUAUCCCAGGAAGUAAAACACCUAAGGGUAGAAUCUAUAGGAUGGCUGCAGUCGAGUUGGACGAACUUCGGCGGCAACUGAAAGAGCUCACAGAGAAGGGUUGGAUUCGGCCUAGCACUUCCCACCAAGGAUGUGCAUUGAUUAUAGAGGCCUCAAUGCCGUCACCGUUAAGAACGCACAGCCUCUACCACGCAUCGACGACCUAUUGGAUAGGGUGCAGGGGUGACUUAAAAUCCGGCUACCAUAAGAUUGCCAUAAGACCAGAGGACCAGCACAAAACCGCAUUCCAGACCAGGUACGGUCUUUAUGAGUUUGUGGUGAUGCCUUUUGGCCUUUGCAAUGCACCGGGUACAUUCCAACACGCCAUGAACAGGAUCUUCCAUGACUACUUAAACAAGUUUGUUGUUGUGUACCUUGACGACAUGCUUAUCUUUGGUACAUCUGUUGAGGAGCAUGCUCAGCAUGUAGACAAAGUACUUUCACUCCUUCGGCAGCACAAGUAUAAGAUAAACUUUGCGAAAUGCGAGUUAGGUCGCACUCGAAUCCCGUACUUGGCUCAUGAGGUAUCCGCAGAUGGAAUUAGGCCCGAAGAUGCGAAGGUGGCUAGCAUUCGUGACUGGCCACGACCCCAGUUUGUGACUGAGGUCAGAUCAUUCUUGGGAAUGUGUGCUUAUUACCGCAAUUUUGUAAAGAAUUAUAGCACGAUUACAUCUCCCUUGACUGAUCUAACUCGACUCGAUACACCAUGGGACUGGACCGACGAGUGUGAGGCAGCUUUCAAGCGUUUGAAGCAUGCUCUCGCGCAUCAUGAGGUUCUCAUGGUACCCGACCCGCAAAGGCCGUUCGUUGUAACCACUGACGCAAGCCAAUAUGGGAUAGGUUCACGGGCUCAAGCUCUGCUUGGGUUACUCAAGCCUUUACCCAUUCGUGCUGGCCAAGGGAAGAGUAUCUCCAUGGACUUCAUGGAUACUCUUGUGACCAGCAAGAAUGGCAAGUGGCACAUCUUCGUCAUAGUGGAUAGGUUCACUAAGUACGCUAGACUAAUCGCCAUGCCAGAGACUGCCAGGACUGAGCACGUCAUCAAGUUGUUCAUGGACAACUGGGUGCGUGAUUUUGGAUUGCCUAAGACUAUCGUUAGUGAUAGAGAUGUCCGUUUCACUAGUGAGAUGUGGAAGAAGGCCGCUGAACAGAUGGGCAGCCAGCUUCAGAUGACUUCUGGGAAUCAUCCCGAAGCAAAUGGACAGGCUGAACAGAUGAACCGAGUGGUGCAGCAUCCGCUGAGGCAUUACAUCAAGCCCAGCCAGGAUGAUUGGGAUGAAAAGUUACCUCUCAUCGCCAGUCUGUACAACAACGAUGUACACAACACCAUCGGUGUCAGUCCUAACCAACUACAUCUGGGAUGGAAGCCUAGAUCUUCUCUAGACUUCCUGCUGCCUGAAAUCGAACUGCUGCAACUCCUGGAACCAUCGAAUUUGGUGUCGAGUAUGAGAAACUGCUGCAGCAGACUGUCGAGCACAUUAAGAAAUCUCAGGAGGUCAUGAUUGUUUAUGAGAACAAGCAUCGUCGACAGUCUACAUUUCAGGUAGGGGAACGUGUCUGGGUCAAGGCUAGUGAAC